UUACGCACCUUCCUUUCUCCUCCUCGCCGUCGCCGCAAUAAAUCCCAGCAAGAAACCGCACCCCGCCUCGCCGCCGGCGGCUCACCGGAGACGGCACCCAUGGCCUCCCGACGGGCGCUCCACCUCUUGAACCCCUACCGCAGCAUCUCGUCGACCCCGCACCUCGCCUCCCUCGGCUGGUUCGACAAGAUCAAGUCCACCUUCACCGGCAAGAAGCCCGAGGCCUCCGAGGCAGACUCCUUCACCCUCAUCAAGUUCGCGGACACGAUGGAGACGGCGAGGAAGGUGGGGACGUUCAAGAACUUCGUCGCCGGGCGGGCCAGCGAGGCCACCGUCGUCAACGCCUUCGAGAAGCACUCCGCCGUGCUGCGCUACCUCGGCGCCAUCGACCCCACUGGCGAGAAACUAAAAAACAGUGACAAGAUUAACGCGACCAAGCACUGCAACUGCACGAUUGCUGAUGUGGAGCACAUACUGGCCAAAUAUACAUGGGCGAAAGAGGCACAGAAGAAGAUGGUAAAGCUCAAGGAAGAAGGAAAGCCAUUGCCAAAGACAUUUAAUGAGAUCCAAAAUCUAAUGGGUUCUACACCAAUGGAUGUCGGCCAAUCUAAUCUGGCGAAGAGUGGUCAGAUAAGUAGGAAUGCUCUCUGCCCAUGUGGUUCUAAGAAACGAUAUAAAAGGUGCUGUGGAGCUUCAUAAGGUGAACAACCAUGCUUUCGUUUGCUUGCACAUGAUGAAGGCCGGAGGCAGCAUUUAGGUUUGCUGUGAUCGACAAAAGCUUUUUGGCAAUUCUCAAUGUGAGCAUGCGGCUAUUUCCUGGACAGCAAACCGUGCGAGCAGCCGAGCAUGUGACUUUUAAACUUGUAAAACACCAUGCAUGAGCCCUGUACUUGGUUGUUGGGGGGGGGGACCUUUGCUUGAAUUGCUUGAUUUCUUGGUUGAUUUUAUUCAUCCUUGCUGAUGAAUCUUAGUAGCAUCCAUUUAGUUUGUUCAGAGUUCUCAUACAGGCCUGAGUAUGUUUUAGGCUUUACUGUUGCCCAACAUUUUCUGUUCUAGGUGGCAUAAGGAGAUAUGAUGGAUGAAUCUGAAUAAAGCAACUGGCUUUUGCUUCGCAUCUUAUCAUUGAUGAAA